UCAAUUUUAAAUGGUGUCUCUACAUUUGGCUUGUUGUACUUCCACUGUUAAUGGUCAAAACAUCGUGAUUAUCAUACUGUCGUUGAAUUUACAUGGGCUCAUAAAAAAAUAAAAAACAUCCGCCUUUGCCGAGCAAAUCAAGAAGGCAGCGCCGCUCAACAUCCUGGUGGAACGUGAUUGGUCAGAACCAGGCGUGGGCGUAACGUGACGCGUGUACAUACAAACGCCUACACGCGACUUGACUUGACAGCAUCAACACAACGCGGAGCUCAUCGGAGCCAGACCGACUUGUUCAGGGGGACAAUGGAGAUGACUACCCAGGAGAGCGCGAAGGAUUUGGGCAACAGUUCGUCCGAAGAGGAAACGAAAAGCUCCUCUUCGCCUCCGGGAGCGCCGCGGCAUCGCCAUCCGUUCAGCGUGGAGGCGAUCAUGUCCGGGAGGACGACGUGGGCGAGCCGCGUGGGGGAGCCCGGUCGGUGCGAGGUGGAGGCCGGAUCACCGCCCGCGGGAUUUGGUUCCGUUUACAAGUGCGGGGAUGCGGCCGCCCAGGCCCGGAAGAGCUCCCCGGCAGCGCCCAUGUCGCCGGUCAAGUCCGAAGUAUCGGAGGCGGAAGACUGGCUGCUCUCCUCUCAGCCUCGUCACAUCAGUCCCGCCUGCCAGUUGAGGAAGCACAAGACCAACCGCAAGCCGCGCACGCCCUUCACCACGUCUCAGCUUCUGGCUCUGGAGCGAAAGUUCCGGCAGAAGCAGUACCUGUCCAUCGCAGAGCGGGCCGAGUUCUCAUCCUCCCUCACCCUAACGGAGACCCAGGUGAAGAUUUGGUUUCAGAACCGCCGGGCCAAAGCCAAAAGGCUCCAGGAGGCCGAGCUGGAGAAACUCAAGAUGGUCACCACAGCCAAAUCCACGACGACGACGGCGGCGGGGCUGGUUCAGCCCGGCCUCCGGUUGCCAAUGACGCUGGGCACCAUGUCUCUAUACGGACAGUCCUUCUCUGCGUAUCACCAGAGAGCCAUGAUGCCCUUUUCGCCAUUAGGACUGUAUGCCGCUCCCCUGGGCUACAGCAUGUACCACUUGUCAUAGGAAUGGAAUCAUCACUGACUUUAAGGAGGAUGCAUUGAUGAUGCCGGACUGACUUAACAUGUUUAUAGCCGCACAAGGAGAUCUUUUAUUCUCCCCAUGGUGAGGAUCGUAAAAUGGUUUAGAUGAGCUGCCUGCUCACAUGAUGUCCCGCUCACCAGCUCAUGUUUACUACACGCUUGCACUGGACUCUCAAUUGAUAGCCAAACGUGCCUUGUGUUCACAAGGGCCUUAAGUCGUACAGAGAACCGCAUUUAUUGCGGGGGAUAUGUUGCAGACCCACCCACAAUACGUGAAAAUCCAUGAUAUAAAUAUACAAUACAAAGUCGUAACGCUUCUUGGUUUCAAACACAUUCAAUUUAUGAAAAACACACCUUUAAAUGUUUUCCUUAGCACUUGUUGCUUGCACAGUUGUCUAAAUAAGAGGCAGAGUGGGAUUGCUUCAGGCUCCCUCCCAGUUGAAGUUUACAGUAAAAUUGCCACAAAAUAUAUGACAGAAUACACUCUGUUCCCAUUCAAAUGAAUGGAAAUGCCAUUACUCCGUUCCACCUCCAAAGAAACCCAAUCCAACCAAAAAUAGCACUCUAUAUUGUCCUUUUAAAAACAAUAAUGACACUUAAAUUACAUUUUCUCUUUCAAUGCAUAUUGUGCUGCUCACUCUGGUAUCUACUCGGGAUGUAACGAUAACGGCGACAUUAAAAUUGCCACAAUAUCGUCAUCAGGUGACGAUAUUGAAAGCAACACAUCCCUGUCCAAAAAAAAUAUUACUUUUCCCCCGCUUCAGCCAAACACAGCAUUGUAAACUACAUAGACCAUGAUACUAUGCACUGCGGAGCCAAAAGGAACACAUCACAAUAAAAUGACUGGCUAAGACCAUUUCUCUCUCACUACGGUUAUUAUGUACAAAAGCACAAUGUUUUUUGCGGGGUUUUUUUUUUUUUUUUUUUUUUACACAAAAGAGAGUUUUUAAUACAGUAUUUUGAGAUCCCCAAAACAUUCCUUACACACCCAUUGUGUCCACAUAGAUGUUAAUUGUUAGCUUAUAUGCCUAUAGCAUUCCCCAUUGUAUGUUAGCAUUAAGCUAGCUUAGGCUAUGUGGUUAUUUUGAAUACACAAUGUGUAUAAAUCUCUAUUUCAUGUUUUCUUAGGCAGUCAUCUUCAGCUGAGAGUGGCAAUAAACAGCAGAAAAAGAAAUUGUCCAAUCAACGGCUCGUAUUUUGAAAAACCUGGAAGUCGUAUCACCACUGUGUAUGCAAACACCAAAGUGUUUAACAAAACCACAUACAUUUUAAACAACAAAAGUCUGCUAGCUUCAUGCUAACAUGAGGAGAACGGAAUAAAUGGGUGAAUGGAAAUUAGCAUAGAUAAUAUGAACCUUCAAGCGACAACUACUUUAACACACGCACGCACACAGCUACCACACAUGCAAACAACAAUCCCCAAGGGCCAAUAUCUACUCUGGAAACAACAUUUCUAACUGGAACUACUUUGGGGACCUUCUCUGCCUCUUCUUCUUGCUCUUAAAUAUGCUGCAUCUCUCCCAGUAGACCUCAGUGCUGUGACACAAUGCGGUACGUAGCCUGUGUAUCGAAAUGAUUGCUUAAAAUUCCACGAUAAAGUGGGGAUGCAAACAAUGAACGACACGCGACAAAGCGGGGGAACACUGUUACGCCCAAAAGAUUCAGCUUCAACACCAAAUAUCGGUAAAUGUUAAUAGACCCAUUUUUAUUAUGUUUUUAUUUGCCUUUUAUUCUAGCUUUAACCGCCUCAGCAAUACAAGUUGAUGGCCUUAAACCUAUUUAUUCUCUCUGGAACUGUGGGGAUUUUACAAGUGACUUUUUAUAUAUUUAUGAUUAUUAGCGAGAACGCGGUAUGAGCGAUAUAUUUGUAUGAUUCAUAUACGACCCUUUAAAAGGGUCCACAUUAUACUGUGCGGUUUCUACUGCAUGUAUUUUGUUGAAAUCAAAUAAAGCCUUACAUUAUGUUUGUUUAAAAAAAUGUGUUUGUCUUACAUGGUCAGACUUGUUCCCGCACUCAAGUUUUAUGCGAGUACACAUUUGGUUUACGAUGGAGUUACGUUUCUAUGAUGGCGACGCAAGUGGAAUUUGUCUACAAGUCAGAACAGGUUGCAGACGAUCACUAACAGUAGUGAAGUCAUAAUUACAGUAAUUAUUUAUUGGAUGAAAAACGUGUGAAUAUAAGAAUAAAGCCCCUGUGUUUUUGUA